AUGGCACCACGCUCCCUUCUCGACAGACUCGAAGAGCUCUGCAAUGUCGACGUCGAUGAUGUGGACACAGAACUUAUCAGGAGCUUGCCUUUCGCUCCUCACAACCAGACUUCGAACCAAGGUGUUAUUACCAAAGAGCUGCUGAAGCCUGAGAACCAGACGCUUCUAGAGGAGCUUGUUGACAAGUAUGGCAAGGAGGGCUGGGAGAAAGUGUAUAACAUGGCGGCUGUGACCUUCUGUGCCAGGAAUGUCCCAUAUUUGUCUGGUCGUGUCCUCGUCCAGACCUCCCUUCGUCAUGUGAAUGACCGUGCUGCCAUAAUCAAACAAUGCCACGAAUAUGCCGACGAGUUUGAGAAAGCCGGUGUGUCAAGAGAUCGUUUCGCAAUCAAAGUGCCAUUUUCUGGAGCUGCGGCUUCGGCAGCUCUCGAGCUCAAUGCGCAAGGCAUUCGCACGCUAGCGACGGCUGUCUUCUCUCUUGAGCAAGCUAUCGCAGCCAGCCAGUCAAACUGCCUAUUUAUCAGCCCAUACUACAAUGAAAUUGCAGCACAUUUUGAUCCAAAGCUACGUCCACAGGUCAAGGACCCAGCUCUCGAGCAUCCCAUGUCAGCCCGCGUAAUACACAUGCUGAAGACAUUUGCCCAAGCUUAUGUACAGACUGGAAAGGAGCAACCGAUUAUGGUCAUUGCGAGCCAUUUUAACAUUACUGAGGUUCUUGCGAUGGCCGAAUUGGGUUGUCAACAUGUCACUAUUCAGGGCCCCAAUCUCAAGAAGCUCAUGGAGACACUGGAUACCCUUCCUCCGGUGCUUAACAAGAAGCCUAAACAUCCGUAUGCUGAAUUCGCCGUUGCGGAGCGUCUGAAGACACUGGAGACCCUGGAUCCGCUUUCCGGAUCCGACUGGAAUGGAGUGCAAGCCACGAUGGAUAUAGACUUUGUGGUGGAUGGCGGGAGAAAGCUUGACCAAUUUAUCGCAGAGAAUGCAGUGCUGAAUAGAAGGUUCGCAGAUGCCUGCAGACUUUUCCUCGGGGCCGAAGAGAAGGCUAAGGUGGCUGUUGAAAGGGUUAUGGCGGCCAGAGGCUUAUAA